AUGGCCAAACGACAGAAUAAUGAGUCAGAAGACACUCAAAUGAAUGAGAUUAUGAAAGCUCCAGACAUGGAUUUCAUUAAUAUUGAUUUCGAAUUUUUUGACCCUCAGCCUAUUGACUUUCAUGCCUUCAAGAACUUGUUGAAACAGCUUUUGGGUUAUGACCACACAAACAUUAAUAUUAGUGCUCUUUCUGAUUUAAUUUUAAGCCAGCCUUUAUUGGGUUCUACUGUCAAAAUCGAUGGAAACAAUUCUGACCCUUAUGCUAUGCUUUCUGUCAUCAAUUUAAAUAGCAGAAGAGAAGAGCCGGUAGUAAAGGAACUCACUUCUUAUGUGCUUUCUAGAAUUGCAACAGUUAAUCCUACUAUGGAAAAGCAAGUUCGUGAGCUGUUGUCUCCAGAAUCCAAAGCCCAGGUUGGUUUGAUCAUUAAUGAACGAUUAAUCAACAUGCCCGUUCAGGUAGUUCCUCCUAUGUACAACAUGCUUCUAGAAGAAAUGCAGUGGGCCAUCGAUGCAAAUGAACCUUACAAUUUUACUCAUUAUCUAUUGUUAUCUAGAAGUUACGUCGAGGUAGCCUCCAAGCUCGAUGAUGAGGACGAACAACCAAAGAAGAAAGGCAAGAAGGCAGGAGAACAAGAUCUAUGCUACUUCCAUCCAGAAGAUGAACAGUUUCGUCAAGCCGCAUUGGCCAUUGCUGAUUACCCUUUUGCCAACCAAGAUUUCAACCCUGACAUGAACCGCGUAUUCCAGGAUGCUGGUAUUAAGCCUCAAGGUGAAUCUGUUUUAUUGACUCACGAUGCUUUCAAGUCUGUAGUCCCCCAACUGCUAAAUGUGUAUAGUGUUUAA